AGCUGAAAAAAAAAAAAAAAAAGAAGACCUCACUUUCUCUCACAAGACAACGCCCCCACCCUAUUGUCUCAAAGACACAUCCCCUCCGAAGCAGGAGAGUGUCUGUGACUGUGAGUGUAUAAUAAUACAAGUCGCGCCUCACCCUCAGCUCGUGGGUCUCUUUAUUCCUUCUCUCUCUCAAGACUCAAACAAACACCAAACACUUUAUAUACUUUCCCGGCUUAGGUGGCCUUAAGUCACCUCCGAUUCUCUCACCCUUUAUUACAACACAUAAAUAUAAAAUAAAUUCCCACAUAUUACACUUUCACUUCUUCUCUUUCUUUCACAAUUACUCACCCUUCACUUUCUUUCUCUUCCUUCCUAUUCAAUACCACAACAAUUUUUAGGGUUUCAAUUUCCAAUUCCUCUCUUUCUCUCUCUCUCUCUCUCAUAGAUCUGUAAUUUUUUUUUUUUUUUUUUGUGUGGAAUUUGAGAGAGAUAGUGGGGAGAGACUAUGGGAGGUGAUGGAGCUGUGGACGAUGCGAACGAAUCCAACGGCGGAGAUGGAGUCAAUAUCAACAUCCGUUGCUCCAACGGUUCAAAGUUUUCCGUUCAGAUUAGCCUCGAUUCCUCCGUUGGAUCCUUCAAAAGCAUUCUCGCUGAGAAAUCCGAUACGCCGACCGAUCAACAAAGGCUCAUUUACAAGGGUCGGAUCCUCAAGGACGAUCAAACUCUUCAAAGCUACGGUUUGGAGGCAGAUCACACCGUCCACUUAGUUCGUGGCUUUUCUCCAGCUGCAGCAUCCAAUCCUGCUGGUGGAACCAAUCCUGGAGUUCCAAAUACCACUCAAAGUAAUGCCAGAAGUGUUGGUUCAAAUGAAGGUGAAGCAUUAGGAGGAGCUGGUUUUGGAGCUUCACUAUUUCCUGGACUUGGUAUUAAUGGUAUGGGUGGUGGCGGCAAUGGUGGUGGUAUUGGUGGCAACGGUUUGUUCGGAGCUGGGCUUCCAGAUUUUGAACAAGUGCAACAGCAGUUGACUCGGAACCCUAAUAUAAUGAGAGAAAUAAUGAAUAUGCCCGUUGUUCAGAACCUAAUGAAUAACCCUGAUGUAAUGCGUAACUUGAUUAUGAAUAAUCCUCAAAUGCGUGAAAUCAUUGAUCGAAACCCUGAGCUAGCACACAUACUUAAUGAUCCCAGCACACUUCGUCAGACACUUGAAGCUGCAAGAAACCCAGAACUCAUGCGUGAGAUGAUGCGCAAUACUGAUAGAGCAAUGAGCAAUAUUGAGUCUUCUCCUGAGGGAUUCAAUAUGUUGAGGCGAAUGUAUGAAAAUGUUCAAGAGCCAUUCCUGAAUGCCACAACAAUGGCUGGGAAUGCUGGAAAUGAUAAUGCGAACCCAUUUGCUGCUCUUUUGGGGACCCAAGGUGGGGACCAAGCAAGAAAUCCGUCAACUACACCCUCAACCACUAGUUCUGAGACAACUACUGGCUCUCCUGCUCCCAAUACUAAUCCACUACCAAAUCCUUGGACUGCUACUGCUGCAGCUGGAGGUGCCCCAACUAGCACCACGAGGUCAAAUCCUACUGGGGAUGCUAGAUCUCAGACACCCGCUGGCUUAGGUGGACUUGGUCUUCCAGGGCUUGAAGGCAUGUUUGGUGCCAUGCAGGAUACCACUUUAGUCAAUCAGAUGAUGCAAAAUCCAGCUAUGUCACAGAUGAUGCAAAGCCUCCUUUCAAACCCUCAAUAUAUGAACCAGAUUCUUGGUCUCAAUCCCCAGCUACGCAGCAUGCUUGAUUCCAAUUCUCAACUAAGGGAAAUGAUGCAAAACCCAGAAUUUCUUCGUCAGUUAACUUCUCCUGAAACAAUGCAGCAACUCUUGACUUUUCAACAAGCUCUUAUGUCUCAGCUUGGUCGGCAACAGUCAACCCAGGAACAGGGACAGACUGCUGGUGGAGGUACAGGAUUGGAGAUGUUGAUGAACAUGUUUGGUGGACUCGGAGCUGGCAGCCUGGCUGUUCCCAACAGAUCUAACGCGCCACCGGAAGAACUCUACGCCACCCAGCUGUCACAGCUUCAAGAAAUGGGUUUCUUUGACACACAAGAGAAUAUACGGGCAUUGAUUGCCACUGCCGGAAAUGUUCAUGCAGCAGUAGAGCGACUGUUGGGGAACUCUGGUCAGUAGUUUCUUGUUAUUAUCCAAUUUUAUCUGAUGAUGUUGCCUUCUGGCUUGCUGAAAUCGGUUGCUUUGGACCUGAGUUGUAUUCAAGCCUCAUAUAUUUGUUGCAAAUAAGUCCAAAGUAUGUUAGCAAGAGUUGCAAAGUUAGUGUAGGUUAUCAUCCUUGUGCUGUUCUCUCUAUCUCUUUCUCUAGAGGUAUGGCCGGCAGGAGUUUCUUGUACAUACUUAAUAUUAAGAUGCGACAUGUGAUCAUAUGAAUUGUUUGCCACAUUAUUAACUAAAUUGGAAUUUGUGACAUUUUUGUUA